AGAAACCUGCGUAGAGACAAGGACCGCAGGAACAUGACUCAGUUCAACAUGCAGACUCUGCCUAAGAGCGCCAAGCAGAAGGAGAGGGACCGCAUGCGUCUGCAGAAGAAGUUCCAGAAGCAGUUUGGGGUUCGCCAGAAAUGGGACCAGAAAAACCAGAGAGGUCCUGGGGGUUACUGGAACAGUUUCAAGGCACAGCUGAAGCCCCGGGACUCCUCGGUGGAGGUGCGCAGUGACUGGGAGGUGAAGGAAGAGAUGGACUUCCCUCGACUCAUGAAGAUGAGAUACAUGGAGGUGGACGAUCCCAGUGACAUAGAGUGCUGCGGGGCUCUGGAGUACUACGACAAGGCGUUCGACCGCGUCACCACCAGGAACGAGAAGCCUCUGAAGAGCAUCAAGAGGAUCUUCCACACUGUCACCACGACUGACGACCCCGUCAUCCGCAAGCUGGCAAAGACUCAGGGGAACGUGUUCGCCACAGACGCCAUCCUGGCCACGCUGAUGUGCUGCACGCGCUCCGUGUACUCCUGGGACAUCAUCGUCCAGAGAGUGGGCAACAAGCUGUUCUUCGACAAGCGCGACAACUCCGACUUCGAUCUGCUGACGGUGAGCGAGACUGCGAACGAGCCCCCCCAGGACGAGGGCAACUCCUUCAACUCCCCCCGGAACCUGGCCAUGGAGGCCACCUACAUCAAUCACAACUUCUCCCAGCAGUGCCUCAAAAUGGGAGGGGAAAAGUACAAGUUCCCCAACUCCAACCCCUUUGUGGAAGAGGACGUGGACAAGAGCGAGGUGGCUUCAGUGGGUUACAGGUACCGGCGUUGGAAGCUGGGGGAGGAUAUCGAUCUGAUCGUUCGCUGUGAACACGAUGGUGUGAUGACCGGAGCCAACGGGGAAGUGUCCUUCAUCAACGUCAAGACCCUCAACGAGUGGGACUCCAGGCACUGUAACGGUGUGGACUGGCGUCAGAAACUGGACUCCCAGAGGGGUGCUGUGCUGGCCACUGAGCUGAAGAACAACAGCUACAAGCUGGCCCGCUGGACCUGCUGCGCCAUGCUGGCUGGAUCGGAGUACCUCAAACUGGGCUACGUGUCCCGUUACCACGUGAAGGACUCUGCGCGCCACGUCAUCCUGGGCACCCAGCAGUUCAAACCCAACGAGUUUGCCAGCCAGAUCAACCUGAGCAUGGAGAACGCCUGGGGCAUCCUGCGCUGCGUCAUCGACACCUGCAUGAAGCUGGAGGAGGGCAAGUACCUCAUCCUGAAGGACCCCAACAAGCAAGUGAUCCGGGCCUACAGCCUGCCUGACGGGACGUUCAGCUCGGACGAGGAUGAAGACGAGGAGGAGGAAGAGGAGGACGAGGAGGAUGAUGAUGAGGAAAGCUGAAGGAGGUUUGGGAAGCAGGGAGCAGCGGAUCCAGCGCUCUGAUGCCAGGAAGAAACCACACUGUCAGGGGAUGAAAACAAUCACACAAACAAAGCAUCUAGAUCCUAAAAUAAAAUCAUUUGGACUAUAUGAAAGACUUGAGUGCUUUAUUUUGUAUUGACACCUUUCUGCAAUGUGAUUAUGUUUGGUAUCUGACCAUGUGGUGCUCAACUCUGUUGAAAUUAUCUAUGAUAGAUUAGCCCGUAUUGUCAAUGACUUUUACUCUAGUCUUUUUAAUUCCUUCCUCUUUCUUGAAAGGGGUAGAACACAAUUUUACAGAGCCUUGUGAAAACUGGAGGGUAGAUUUAAAGAUGAUAUGCAAUGAAAAAAUGUCCGACCAGAGGGUCGUUGAAUUGAAACCCUUUCAAAAUAAAAAUCCCCCUGUCAAUUCUGUAAA